AUGGUUUCUGAGUUGAUUGAUAGCAAUAUUCUGUCUUUUAGAGAUAUGAGACCUAACGUGAAGAAUAAUCCUCUUCCCGUCCAUAUAAACCCUGCAGUGAAUGCAAUUGAAGAUGUCUCUGAUGACUUUGUGGUUGAGAAGGUUGAUGAUGUUAAAACUCCUUUGGCAGUAUUCCAUGCCCGAUUAGUGGAAGCUGGCUUGAUUGAUAUUCGUCAUAACAAUUGUGAAGAUUGUGCCAUACAUCCAAGAGGAAGUCGGAUGGUACAUGAUAAUAUCCAAGACUUGAUAAACCAAGGAGUACUGCAAAUCUCCAACAUUGCAAGAAAUGAAGAUGUGUCAGUAAUUGAACCUUAUUUCAAUUUACCUGAGCCAGUUGAAAUCCCUUACAAUAGUAAGGGAUUUGUUCCUUCAGAUAGUCAUCUGUCACCCAUUGUGAUUUACAUGCCUAUGUCGUUUCCAUAUGAGAACACCAAGGUUGUGCCUUGGAAAUAUGAUAUUAAUGCGGUGGAUAAGAUCUUUGAAGGAAGUGAAGAUGGUAAAGGUUUAGAAGCUGUGAAUGAAGAUGUCACCAAUAUUGCAGGAAUGAGCAGAAUGACCCAUAGUGGUCAAAUUUAUACACCUGAAUUCAAUAUGACUCCUCAAAUACCAACUAAGGAAGCUACAAUUAUGGUUCCUGCCGAAGAACCUAAAGUUGUCCAGUCUGAAGAUGCGGUUGAAUUCUUGAAGUUAAUCAAGAUAAGUGAUUACAAAGUCGUGGAUCAUCUGCAUCAAACACUGUCUAAAAUCUCUAUUCUAUCUCUGCUUUUGAACUCCCAAGCUUAUAUGGAGGAUUUAUUGAAGGUGCUUUCUCAAGCCCAUGUAGCACAAAGCAUAACAGUAGACCAGUUUGAUGGGAUGGUUGCAAACAUCACCACUCGCAAUACUUUAAGCUUCAGUGGAGAAGAACUACCUGAAGAAGGGAAAAAUCAUAAUCAUGCUCUCCACAUCUCAGUAAAGUGCAAAGAUGAUGCAUUGGCAAGAGUUUUGGUUGAUAUUGGAUCUUCUUUAAAUGUGAUGUCGAAGAGAACACUUGCUAAAUUAUUUUAUCAAGGACCCGCCAUGAAGCCUAGUGCCUUGGUAGUGAAAGCUUUUUAUGGUUCUCGGAAAACCGUGAUUGGAGAGGUAGAACUGCCCAUAUUGAUUGGCCCAAGUUAUGAAUAUUAA